GCACACCUCCAAACGCAGUCAAAUGGCGCCGCUCAAAGGACUCUCAGCGAACAGCCCGACCAGCCUUAUUUUAAUUAGAACAUAAACCGCUUCUCUGGGAUUUUAUGUAUUUUUCUCUUUCUUUGUUGACUUGCGAGCCAUGUUAUCUCAAUUUAUCUGCGACAAAUUGUGGACGUAUAGGAAGACGUUGCGUUUAGUUGUACGUGGAGCUGCUGUUAUUCCAAUAGCGGAUUGACAACUAAUAGAUUCAAUUCAACCCAAGUGUCCCAGAUCCGUGAACCAUGAGCAGCUCUCACUAUGAACCCAGCUGGGAUGUGGACCUGGUGCCCCUUCUGUCCUGUAAACUGUGCCUGGGAGAAUUUCCUCUGGAACAGAUGACCACCAUCUCCCAGUGCCAAUGCAUAUUCUGCAGUCUGUGUUUGAAGCAAUAUGUUGAGCUGCUCAUUAAAGACUGCCUCGAAACAGCUAUUAGCUGUCCAGACUCUACCUGCCCAAAACAGGGACAUUUACUGGAAAAUGAGAUUGAAUGUAUGGUUUCUGUCGAGAUCAUGCAACGUUAUAAGAGACUCCAGUUUGAGCGAGAGGUGCUCCUGGAUCCUUGUCGGACCUGGUGCCCAUCCUCCUCAUGCCAAGCGGUGUGCCAGCUGAAAGAGGCAGAGGUGCAAAUGCCGCAGCCAGUGCAGUGCCCUAAGUGCAACCUGCGUUUCUGCUCUGCCUGCAGGGAAGACAGCCACACAGGACAGGCAUGUCAAGAGAGCCUUCCAAUUGCCACCUUCCUGCCCGGAGAAAAUAGCUCCCACCUCAAGAAUCAGGAUGACGAGGCUCCGAUCAAACGCUGUCCUAAAUGUAAUGUGUACAUUGAGAGAGACGAGGGCUGUGCCCAGAUGAUGUGUAAGAAUUGUAAGCAUGCCUUCUGCUGGUACUGCCUGGAGUCACUGGAUGAUGACUUCUUACUGAUCCACUAUGAUAAAGGACCGUGCCGGAACAAACUAGGUCAUUCCCGUUCCUCCGUCAUCUGGCAUCGGACACAGGUUGUAGGGAUCUUUGCUGGCUUUGGUUUACUCUUGCUAGUGGCCUCCCCCUUCCUUUUGCUGGCCACUCCUUUUGUGCUCUGCUGCAAAUGUAAGUGUAAACAUGGCGAUGAUGACCCUCUACCUACCUAGAGAUCCAUCCUUCAAGAGGUCACUUUUGGCACAGUCGACAAUCCCGUCUCUGAGCUCUCUUUGUAACUCCAGCAGGGGUGUUGUUGCUGGAAGAAUUAGCUCUUCUGUCUAUGAGACUGCAUAUCUCUGCUGAAUUAAAAUGUUGACUGACAUUGAAAGGAGUUUUGGAGAAGCAGAGAAGCUGAUUGGAUGAGCCAUUUGAGGCAGGCAGAAAGUGUUUGCAAGCAAGCACUUCUAUGAAGCAGGACAAAGUUUGUUUCGGAGGGUUUGAUGUUCUUCAAUUCCUGUAUGAUAUACAGCUGUCUUAUACACUUGUCUUGUAUAUUUUCUCAUUCAAUAUUUCAUCAUCUUUUGUUAUUAAAGUAUUUUUUUAUGUUGUUUAUCAAGGAUAUAACAAAUACCAAUUCUACAGACUUCAGACUUCAAGGGCACCUUUUAGGAAUGAGAGGAUCGAGUUAUGUGCUUUCAUGCUUUUCUUGUAGCAAAGUCGCGUAACCUCAAUAUUUCUGGCAAUUUUUCUAGUCUGGUUGCAUAUGCAUGCUGAAGACUGAGCACUUAUUGAACAGGCCCAGGAUUUCAAACAUUAGAACCUCUCUACAUUCUUCCACUUUUAAAUGCUUCUUAUAAGCUUUUUCAUGGGUCAGUAAAACCUUGUUCUUCCAUUUGAAUCUACUUAGACAUACCUCAAAUGUAGCAAAUGUGCCACCUGAUGCCUUGUCAAAGCUUGUUGGCUUGGGUGUUGCCAAAAGAUUUCUUAUUUUCAGUCAGUUGGUUACAAAUCAAUCUAACUGUUUAUAACAAAGCUAUCACAAAUGUAUCAUAAAAAAGCAAGCAAUUUUUUUAAUGCUUUGCAUAUUUCAACAGUUGUCAGUGAUGUCAUGUACAGAUUAAUGUUGAUAUUAAACUUAUGUCUUUUGUUUAUAUUUCCCACCCAGAAAGGUGUUAGAACGCAACUAAAAUUUCAAAUGCAACCUGCAUUACCAUGUGCAUACCAAUUUAGGUCAGACUAAUCAGGCCAGUGAGGCUUAACUUUGUACUUUUCAGGUCACUCUAAGAGUUGUAUGUUUAUUUAUUUAAUUUAUUUUUUUGGAGUAAUACUUCUGGGAAUAGUUUGCCAAAUGUGAUGUUAUAAGCCCAUUUGUAAUAUUUGGUUGAUGAAUAGGGUACACCUAUUUUUGUUCAUAUUCCUUCAGUUAAAUAUGCCUUUCUUUUUUCCACGUUUUGUAAAUUCUCUUUGUGUUUCAACACUUUUUGUAGCUGUAACUGUAUAUAAUGUGUAUUUACAUGUUUUUCACCUUGAAAUAUAUUAUUAUGCUGAAAUGCACUCUGUUUGGUUUUCAUGUGCAUUUGAGCAGUUUUUGGAACACAAAAUUGCAAAACUAUAAAAAAGACAACUGCCCCUGUCUGCCAUUAGUUGGACAAAAACAUUUUUUGAAAGCACCACAGAGUGUUUACACUUUUCAGGGACAUCAAACUACAAAUGAUCUAUCCUAGCUAAAUAAGCAGUGACAACUAUAAGACAAAGACAAUACAAAUUUUAACAUUGAGAAAAUUAUAACCUUCAGCUCAGAGUUGCAUCACAUUUAGACAUUAUCAUGUCUUAAAAUGCUUUGACAUCCAUCUUUUGGAGAGCGUGAGUGGUUUAGCUGGGGUUCUGCAACAUCUGGUUGGAAGCUGAGGGGCCGUGGCUGACCGGGCAAAGGGGCCCUCGCGGGGCCAGUGGGCAUCUUGAUCGACCUGCUACACUUCACUUUCCAGCAUCAUAUAUUCAUGCGCUGCUCCCCCCGCACCAUCUGUGUCCAUACUCGCCAGCGGUUCACACACCAGCUCUGGUGACACGCACGAAGGGCAGAUCAUGGUAGGACAUGGAAGAGCUGACUGGAGAGCUCUACUCUGUGCCAACACAUAUGAGAGCGAUAGGAGCUCAUCUGUCUUUCUGUCACUAAACUGAUUUUGUGUCCGUUCGUGCUUUUUUCAGUAGUUUUUCUAUGUAAACGUGCUUUGUACUAUGUAACGUUGCUUGUCUCUGUUUUUUUUUUCUUCCAACAUCUAGCACAAGAGCGCCACAUUUUUAGAAGCCUUUUUAACUUAAAAAGAACUUCAGCUAUUGUGUUUUACUUGUUGCGCUGCGUCUAGCUUUUAUAACACAAGAACCCGUCGGUCUGAACAAUCCCUUAGAUGUUUGUACAGUUGUGAGCACAUUGUAAACCCUAAACA